UGAAGCCUCGGCUAUAAAUUGAGCUCCCCGCAGAGCCCAAGCCCAGAUGCCUCGCCAAGCCACCCCGCGUUUGGUGGUGGGCGAAGGUAGAGGGUCCCAGGGGGCUCUGGGGGGCGCCGCCACCAUGCUCCGCUCCCUGCUGCUUCACUCCCUGAGGCUCUGCGCCCAGACCGCCUCGUGCCUCGUGCUCUUCCCGCGCUUCCUCGGCACGGCCUUCAUGCUCUGGCUGCUCGACUUCCUGUGCAUCCGCAAGCAUUUACUGGGCCGCCGACGCCGGGGUCAGCCCCAAACUGAAGUGGAGCUCAACAGCGAUGGCGAGGAGAUGCCCCCCGACGACCCGCCUAUCUGCGUGUCCGACGACAACCGCCUGUGCACCCUGGCGUCGCUGAGGGCAGUGUGGCACGGCCAGAAGCUGGAUUUCUUCAAGCAGGCGCACGAAGGCGGUCCGGCGCCCAACUCCGAGGUGGUCCUGCCCGACGGCUUCCAGAACCAGCACAUCCUCGACUACGCCCGAGGAAACCGCCCGUUGGUGCUCAAUUUCGGCAGCUGCACCUGACCACCGUUCAUGGCGCGUAUGAGCGCCUUCCAGCGCCUGGUCACCAAGUAUCAGCGCGACGUCGACUUCCUCAUCAUCUACAUCGAGGAAGCGCACCCCUCGGACGGCUGGGUCACCACGGACUCUCCCUACAGCAUCCCGCAGCACCGGAGCCUGGAGGACCGGGUCAGCGCAGCGCGGGUACUGCAGCAGGGUGCUCCCGAGUGCUCCCUCGUCCUCGACACCAUGGCCAACUCUAGCAGCUCCGCCUACGGCGCCUACUUCGAGCGCCUCUACGUCAUCCAGAGUGGCACCAUCAUGUACCAGGGCGGCCGUGGCCCCGAUGGCUACCAGGUCUCCGAGCUGCGCGCCUGGCUGGAGCGCUACGAUGAGCAGCUGCACGGCCCUCAGACCCGUCGAGUGUAAACAACCAAUGGACAAGUGACUGAACUUGGCGGGCCGCGCCUUCGAGCCUUCGAAGCCCACGUGCAAACUCCCCCAAACAAAGUCAGGCUUGGCGAGGGCCCAGUGACACAGUUGUGCUGAGCC